UGCUGUCAGUCAAAACAAAGAAAAAAAAAUAACCGCUUCUUAUUGAGCGUGUUGAAAAUAUUAUAAAAAAAAAAAACAUAUUUUAAUAAAACUGUAGAAAUAAUUCUUUUUAAAUCGUAGUGAUAUGUCUGCAAACAAAAUUCUAUUUGAGAGAAGUACACGUAAUGCUUCGCAAUCCCAACAAUAUGAAGGGGUGGAAGCGAACGACUGGGACGACACCUCACUUAAUACCGCGUACGAUACAGCGAUGAAAAUAGCUAAGGCUGAGGUCGCGAAACGAGUGGCUAUGUCUACAAACACGCAACCAGAGAACCGUGAUGACCAAAAACAAUCCAAAAAAGCUACAAAACCUAAACAACCAGUGGCCAGCUCAUCAAAGAUGAAGAAGGAAUGGAAAGCAGGCAUGGCAUGCAGAGCAGUGUACGAAGAUGACGGGCUUGAGUAUGAGGCGUUUGUGCUUCGAAUUGUUGAUGAUCAGCAUUGUGUAGUUAGAUUCUUAGGAUAUGAAAACUGCGAAAUGGUGCCAAUAGAGAGCCUAACGCCUAGCCUUGGCAAGAACGAGCGUCAAAAGCAAAUAGAACAGGCGGCGCUUGAGAUGGAAGAUUAUCCCAAUGUAGAAUGGAGGGAGUGCGAAAGUGACAGAGCAAUGGGCAAGAAGCAAAAGGAACAGGCAUCUGAUCAGACAAACUUGGAGUGGAGGGAAUGUGAGAGUGAUAGAGGGAUGAGCCCUGGAAGUACAGAAUAUUCAUAUGGAAGAAAACAGAAGUCGCCCAAAAAGAAGAAGAAUCAGAAAGCAAAUUUCGAGCUGCCUGACAUGCCGUUCUCAAUGCCCAGUAUGCCGAGUAUGCAGAUGCGAAACAUGAUGGCAAAUCUCGGUUCCCUGGACAUGCCGCUGCCGCCGCCGCCCGCCGCGCUCCCGGCCGAGCGCGCCGACCCGGAGGAGCAGGCCGUGUCCUCCAUGCUGAUGAGCUGGUACAUGAGCGGCUACUACACGGGGCUGUACCAGGGCAUGAAACGAGCAAAGCAAGGCCGCAAGCGAGUAUGAUUUUCAAUCAAUCUAGAAGAGCGACUGAAGGAAUGUUUUCAAUUUUUAUAAAUAAUGUAAUUUUUGUUUCAUAUAAUAUUCAUUUGAAAUGAAAAUUACGAAUUCAGUUCAUUUAAAUUUAAAUAUUAAAGAAUGCCUACAGA